GCAUGUGUUAAGCAUAUAUAUAUAGCUGAAGUAGCAUGAUUGGAGCUUCUUAGCGCUUAGGCGACUACCUAUGAGCUUCAACCUGCUCUUACUUAGAUGGAAGAGAAACCUUACUGGUUUAGAAUCCUCAAGUCAUGAAGACUCAACUAAGGCAACUCAGUCGGGCAACUCCUUGUCCUGUGAGCCAGGGAGAAAGCCCAUUAGCGGGGUCUCAAGCCUUACUUUACAAGCCGGAGAGCAGGGAACCAGGUCCAGAAUCUCCUACUUUCCUUCUGAGGUCAAGAAGACAGGUAGGCUUGUGGAAAUUCCGAGUGCUCCAGUGCGUAGCGAAAUCAAGCCUUUCAGUCAGCCCGCUUUCUCUAUCAAUCUUGGUGCGAAGCCAAAGCUAGAGCCAGCAAUGAGGAUUUGAGCUAGUUUUAUAAAUGGGGCUAGGCCAGUUCGCUAGUUCCUCAUUCCAGGAAAGCUUGUCUCUCAGUCUAGUUCAGUAAGCCCGGCUUUUUGUCAUAACUGCCUUGAAGAGCUCCUUCUGUAACAACGCGAAAGGCGACAUCCGACUUCCUUGC